UAAAAAGGAAAAAAACUAGUGGCACUCUUUGAGCAAAAACACCUCAACUCGGUAAUCCCAAUAUCCACACUAAAAAUUACUCAAAAGCAAUUUGAUCUCAGAUCUGCUUCCGAUUCUCUGAGCCAAUUUUUGCUACGGUAAGCCUAUGAAUGCACAAUAAAGCGGUGGAAAAUUGCUCACUUGCACGUCUCUUCUUCUUCAAUCGGUCUGUUACAUCCAGUGAAGAGUUGGUGAGAAGUAUAGAAAGAUAAAACAGAAAUGGCUGCAAGAAAAGCUGGUUUAAUUGCUCUGUUUGAUGUUGAUGGAACUCUUACAGCACCCAGAAAGGAAUCUACUCCACAAAUGUUGAAAUUCAUGCAGGAACUUAGAAAGGUUGUUACUGUUGGAGUUGUUGGAGGUUCUGACCUUGUAAAGAUAUCAGAGCAACUUGGCAAUACAGUUACAAAUGACUAUGAUUUUGUUUUCUCUGAAAAUGGCCUUGUAGCACAUAAAGACGGCAAGCUUAUUGGGAAACAGAGCUUGAAGUCACAUCUUGGAGACGAGAAGCUCAAGGAAUUUAUUAACUUUACCCUCCAUUACAUUGCUGAUUUGGAUAUUCCAAUAAAGAGAGGAACGUUCAUUGAGUUCAGAAGUGGCAUGCUAAAUGUGUCGCCUAUUGGGAGGAACUGUAGUCAGGAAGAAAGGGAUGAAUUUGAAAAGUAUGACAAGGUACAAAAGAUACGCGAAACAAUGGUAUCAGUGCUCAGAGAAAAGUUUGCACAUUUUAAUCUCACCUUCUCCAUUGGAGGCCAAAUUAGUUUCGAUGUUUUUCCGCAAGGCUGGGACAAGACUUAUUGUUUGAGAUACCUUGAAGAAUUUAAUGAAAUUCACUUUUUUGGAGACAAAACAUACAAGGGAGGAAAUGACCAUGAGAUCUAUGAGUCUGAGAGAACUGUUGGUCACACAGUUACUAGCCCGGAGGACACAUUGAAACAAUGUUCUGUUCUAUUCCUCGGCAAGGAUAAUGGAAGUUCUUAAGCUUGUUGCAGUUUUUCAACACACAAUUGUAUGCUUGUAUUCUAUGCACAACAGAAAUGAAUCAUUGCAAUAAUUCUUGUAUUGAAUUUUCUUAUCAAAAUUAUAAUGAUUGUACUACUUUUUCUUGAAACCCAAA